AUGUCUCUUCGUCUUCAGUCUCACUAUAAAUCCCCCAACCAUCGGCACGAGGUUCUUUCACAAGUAUCAGUGCAGGCGCAUGGAGAUAAGAAGGGUGGAACCCCACAGGACGGGGUGAAAACGGACAAGGGCAAGAUCUUGAAGGUUUCAUGGGAUGGGAGUGCUGAUUCGUACAAUGCGGCAAAGUUGGAGGAGCUCUUCCAGAAAUUUGGCAAAGUUGAAGACAUUGUUAUCAAGACAAGGAAAUCAAGGAGUAAGGGCUCAACAAUUGUAGUAAUGGGCUCCAAAGAAGCUGUAGGGCAAAUAUGCAUCUCAUACUAUCCCAGGAAAGUGACAUGCAAAAACUCAUAA